UAUUAAUAUUUGCUUUUGCAGACUGCAGAAAUGCCGGAUUUCUAUGCAGAUGGAGAAUAUGACCUCAGUGGUUUUGCAGUUGGCAUUGCAAAAAAGGACUCAGUCAUUGACGGGAAAAACAUUGUAGUUGGAGAUGUUUUCAUUGGUCUUCCAUCGAGCGGGGUUCAUUCUAAUGGGUUCUCCCUUGUUAGAAGGGUCUUGGCUAAAAGCGGCCUUUCUUUGAAGGACGAACUUCCUGGAGGCAGCAACAAACCAAUCACGUUGGGUGAAGCUCGAAUGGCUCCAACCGUCAUAUAUGUCAAACAGGUGCUUGACAUUAUUAACAAGGGAGGUGUCAAAGGGAUAGCUCACAUCACAGUUGGUAUAAUAUCAGCAAUUGAGUUUGAUAAGAGCAGGGACCAUCUUGCUACUGGAGAUGAGGAGGCCGAGUGGUUUUAUUUGAAAGGACGGAUGCGAGAGACCAUGGAUCUCGUAGAGAUCUAGAAAGGCUGGAUUAUUCAAUUGGGAGGCAUCCCGAGUUCCGCUACAAAACAGAGUUUCAAAGCCAUGACCUGAGGUGACGUUCCACGUGUUGAUGGAUAGUUGGCAGUGGCAAGGGCCUUUGACAAUAGGAGCUCGAAGAAACACCUUAGUUCGGAACCCCAUGUGGUGGUGGAGACUGUAGAUGCAGACACAAGAGUUCGUCAUCUUGGCAAGUGAUGGGCUGUGGAAGGUGAUGUCAAACGAAGAGGCAGUGAAUUCAAUUAGACAUGUGAAUGAUGCCCAGUCGGGGGAAAAGCAUCUGGCAGAAGCUCUCACUAGGAAGAGCAAGGAUGAUAUAUCUGUCAUCGUUGAAGUAGGAUAUACCAAUGGGAAUGUCUUCAUUAAGCGGGUUGUUGCCAAGGAAGGUGUUGUGGAGGAAAUGCGUGCUGCAACAGCUGCAUCCAGGGGAUGUGAUGCAGCUUGGAGGGGAGAAGUGAACCACACUCUUAGCUCAACAACUGGAUCCUCUGCUGCCAGCCUUGAGAGCAAGAAACAUUCUUCUGCUGCUAUUGAGAAGAACAGUGUUCAGAGGCUUUCAAAUGAUAGGCGAGCUGACAUUCUGUGCUCCAACUUGGACAAUUCUUCACAACAAGAGGUGCCCUCGGGGCUUACAUUAUCUGCUGGUAUUGUGCCUUCAGGUAUGAUUCAUCACCUAAAAAAGAUUGUUGCGUAAGUUCCCAAUAUCAAUAAUUUUUAUAAUUUUAUUUUCUUAGCUUAGACUAGAGAGCAUUUUGGAUGAUGGUUGAGGGAAAUGUAGGGUGGUGAGCACUUGCUCAAUCCUGCCUUAGCUAUCAGUAAUUCUUUGGCAAGCCAUUUGGAACAGAUGGAAUGGUGGAUGGUUAAGGAAAUGAUGCAGAGGAUUGCCCAAAUAGUGUGAGUUUCAGUCUAUUAUGGCCCAUUGUGUUAAGACCGGCACAAUCAAUGGUUCAACCCUCGUACACAUGCCAUAUGUACAGGGAAAGAAUUGCCUAGUUCUUAUGCGAACACAACUAAUAUUUAUGUUUUUCUGUACUCAAUCCAGAUAUUAUUCAUCUUGUGUGCUUUU